AUGCGACGGCCUGUGACACGCUCGGUCCUUGCCUUCCGCCCUCCCAGAACUCUGGCCCAGUCACUCAAUGCGCCAUGGUCUCGAUUUGCCAGCAGCCAACAUAAACCCCAAUCCGGCUCAUCGCACUGGGUUCGCAAGUCCCUCGCAUUUGCAAUGACAGGAACUGCGGCCGUUUUGGGCUAUUCUUAUAUGACCGAUGGAAAGAAAGCUUGGACUAGUGCUCCGGACCCAGCGAAGAAGGAAGCCAUCGACGUCAAUGAUCUUCGUGCUCAAUUUGUUCAAGAGAAGCGAAGCCUCAAAAGCCCCGCUGUCUACAUAUGGGGUUCCAACGUGUACCGUGUGGUAGACCCUGGGUCUAAAGACACCGAUAUUAAGGUCCCGCGACGAUUCAAGUACUUCAAUGGCCAAGUUUUGAGAGAUCUCAAGGUUGAGGAAAAGUCUGGCGCAGCUAUUACUGAAAAGGGAGAUUUGGUGCAGUGGGGCCAUGGCUUCUCAGAGACGGAAUACAAGCCCACUGAGACUCUGACCGGCAAAAACCUCACCUCGCUCGCUUUAUCGGAAAGCCGAGUCAUUGCGCUUUCCUCUGAUGGAACUGUAUACUCCUUGCCGACAUCCAAGGAGGAGCAAAAAAGUGGCCCGAAGGCACGGGAGAGCUCAUGGAUCCCAUAUUGGACCAAUCAAUCUAAUCUGAGCUACCGUGUGCUGAAGCCAUCUUUGAAGCUGGGUGAAAAGGUCACCAGUAUCAGUGGAGGACAGGAACAUGUGCUUCUUCUGACCAGCUCCGGUCGAGUGUUCUCAGCGGCAUCCUCGACCGAGAACUACCCUUCCCUUGGCCAACUUGGGGUUGAGGGACUCACCUGGUCAACCAGGCCCAAGGGACCGGCAGAUUCUUGCCAUGAAAUCACAGCUCUUAAGGGCUCUAAAAUUGUCCAAAUUGCAACUGGAGAUUACCACUCUCUUGCCUUGAGCAAGGAUGGUCACAUGUUCGCAUUUGGUGAUAACUCUCUUGGCCAAUUGGGUGUGGAAUGGGACGUGGAGCGAACAUUCAGAGAUGCUCCUUUCGCUCUAGAUGUGGAAAGGCUGUAUAAAAAGAACUCAUACCUGCCAAGGGUCACCAGCAUUGCUGCCGGUGGUGCGAACACCUUCUUCACUGUUGAUGCCAAGCGUGUUUUGGGACCCAAGGAAGACCCUACCGGUGUCCGCGACUUGGGUGUGUUGACUGCAGACACAUGGUCUUGUGGUCGGGGGAUUUGGGGCACUCUCGGCAAUGGAAAAUGGAUCCACAUGCAAGAUGCCCCUACAAAGGUGAAGGCAUUGAGUGGCAUGAGCGAGUUUGACGAGAAGAAGAACCAAAUGUCGCCCAUCCGUCUUCAUGAUAUGUCUGUCGGCACUACCCAUGUUUCGGCUGUCCUCGAAAACAAAACCAGUGUCAGUAAGACAGCCAAGGACACCCUGGACCAGUCUAAGGACUGGGGCUAUGAUGUGCUGUGGUGGGGAGGCAACGAGCACUUCCAGCUCGGUACAGGCAAACGCAGCAACCAGUGCAAGCCAACCUAUAUCAAUGCUCCACCUGAAUCCAAGAAAACUGAGGCGGAGGCGCGAUUGCAGAUCAUUCCUCGCCACAAGGGCAAGGUUGGUAAGCGCAAUGUGAGCAUGGAGCAACGGGUUGAGUGUGGACGCCAUGUCUCUGCCAUUUACUCUGCUGUAUAA